CCAAGUUCAACAGUUCCUCGCGAGCGCUUCCCGUGGAUACACGCGUUCCAUUUCUUCCGUCAAGUCGAGUUUGUUAAGGCGGGUUGUGAAGCAAUUUUUUGCAUCUACCUUGGGAUGAAAGUGUGGAAGGAAUAGAUUUCUAGAACGGAAUUGUUUAGUGAAUCCACGUGUGUGCCACCACCACCACAACAAUUUGUGGCCGUGAUUCUGUCCCCGCGCCAUCGUCGUCGCCACUAAUAGGAUUUGGGAUUAGACAAGGCUACCUUCCCCCACCUCCACCACACACUUUUCAAAAGGUGAUUCCAGGACAGGAUAGUUGUGCACAUUCUGACGGAAUAACCAGGGAUGCCAGAUACACAGAUUUGUCUGUGUUUCACAGACUUUUGAGCUUGUGUCAGACAUUUUUUGAGGUGCACAGACUUUUAAAAAACUUCAUUAAAUUAAUAUUUAGUAAUCUUUUUUGUCGAAACUUAUUUCGUUAGUCUUCAAAUGCUUAAAAACGCAAUUUCUGAUGGAUUUCAAUGACUGUGAAUUGAUAUAUUUGAAUUUUAGACAAAUGCACAGACAUACACAGACUUUUUUACAGACAUUUUAAAAAACCAAGUGGCAUCCCUGGGAAUAACCCAAUAAAUAAGGUGAUUGUUGUGUGUACUGUCUGUGGGGUGGUAAAAAAGAAGAAGAAAAAAGCAAAAAAAGGAUCUUGGUGGUGAAAUAAAAUAGUAUCGUCGUUCGUGUGAGUGUUGGUAUUUACCUGAGGUUUUAGAAGAAGAUGCAGUGAAAAAAAAGGUGAAAAUAGAGUGGAGCUCAGCGAAAAAAAAAAAGAAGAAGGUGGAAUUUAUUUUAUUUUUAACUCAAUGAUGUUUGCUGCUCCCCUGGGGGUGGUGAAAUGAGAGAACAGGGAGGGAAUGCUAGUUUAGUUCUAUUUUGUGUGUGUAUGUGUGUUUUUUGCUGACGGAGGCUCCGGCCAUAAAUUGUGACCCAAUUUACGUUCGUCGAGUUCGUCAUUUUGCCUAGUCUGCAUUAAGUCUGGAUUUGAUUGGUGGGCUGAGCAGGGGAAAAUGGACGGAAAAUUGUCUCAUUGCUUGCGGUGGUAAUUAGGCACGGGAAAACACGGUGAAAGCACAACAUUGUUUCGAACAACUAACCGGCUAACAAAACUUGUUCCUGAGUGGAGAGCGUGUCGAGGAGAAGGCAUAAAAAAAGAAGAAAGAGGCCAACAGUUCGUGCGGGCAGUGUUGCCAGCGUAGCGGGUCAUAGUGGCGGACGUCGAGGAAUUUAGCUCCUUCCCGCCGGACUCCGACCUCGACUCGUACGUCAACAGCACCGAGUUUAAAUGUCUGCUGGAGGCCCAGCUAGAUUUGGAGGCCGCGACUCCAUUCGAUGGCUGCCCGAUCGACUUUGACCGGAUCCUGUGCUGGCCCAAGACGGAAUCCGGUGCGUGGGCCGUGCUUCCGUGCUUCAAAGAGUACAACGGCGUCAUUUAUGACCAUUCGCAAAACGCCACCCGCUACUGCCACCCCAACGGCAAGUGGGACAACUACAGCCACUACACGGCCUGUCACCACAUGACCGACCCACCGCCGGACAUCGUCGAGAUCACGUCGAUCAUCUACUACUCCGGGUACAUCAUCAGCCUAAUCGCGCUCAGCCUCGCUGUGAUAGUUUUCGUCUACUUCAAAGAUUUACGUUGCCUGCGUAACACGAUCCAUGCGAAUCUGUUCAUCACCUACAUUCUGUCCGCCCUGAUGUGGAUGGUCAUUCUGACGCAGCAGCUCUCCGGUAGUUCCGGCGGUGGCCUAACGAGCUGCGUCAUCUUCGUGACGCUGCUGCACUACUUUACACUCACCAACUUCUUCUGGAUGCUCGUGGAAGGACUCUAUCUGUACAUGCUGGUUGUGGAAACGUUUUCCGGCGAUAAUCUGCGGUUCAACAUGUACGCGGCCAUCGGAUAUGGAGGUCCCGGUGUGUUCGUAGUGGUGUGGGCCAUCGCCAAGGGUAUCGCCAUUUCCGGUCAGGAGAGGGCAACUUCGCUUGAAAUUGACUGCUCCUGGAUGCGGGAGUCGGUCGUGGACUGGAUCUUCCAGGGACCGGUCUGUGCCGUACUCAUCAUCAAUCUGGUCUUUCUCGUACGAAUUAUGUGGGUCCUAAUCACGAAGCUCCGCUCGGCCAACACGGUCGAAACGCGCCAGUAUCGCAAGGCAUCGAAGGCACUGCUGGUGCUGAUUCCGCUGCUCGGCAUCACGUACCUGGUCGUGCUGGCCGCCCCGGCCGAGGGCGUCGUCAGUGACAUUUUCGCCGUCGCCCGGGCACUGCUGCUGAGCACGCAGGGCUUCUCGGUAUCGCUGUUCUACUGCUUCCUGAACUCGGAGGUCCGGCUGGCCCUGCGGCACCGUUUGGAGCGCUGGCGGGACGAGCGAAACAUCCGGCUGGGUCAGAUCCGCCAGCGAAGCCGCCGCAGGUUCACCAACUCCGGCCUCUCGAAGGAAUGCUCGCCUCGCUCCAGAACCGAAAGCUUCCGACCACUAACGUACAGCAAGCGCGAAAGUUGCGCCUCCUCGGCGACCACGACCACCCUGCUGGGACCACCCACGCUAGGGGGCUCUCACGGCGGCGCCAACUAUCCGGCCGGGAUCCGGGGCUCCAACGGCACCCUGCACCUGCACACGAUGGUCCCCCGGGCGAUCAGUCCACUGAUGCAGGGUCUGGAUGAAAAUUCCGUCUAGAUAAAGUAAUCAACAUCCGAAGCAAAUCCAUUUGUAAAAACAAACAUAACCCAUUCGAUAUAGUUAGUUGUUCUUUUUGAAAGGUGUACGCAAAAGUUUAGUGAAUAAAAAAAGUGUUUAUUUUUCGUCGUAUUUUGAGCUAGUUCAAGUCAAACUAAAUGGAGAGAGAUAAGAAUUGUUACUUAGUGAAAUAGUCAAUGAAAACUCUUUUUCCAGGAAAAAAUAAAACAGUUUUAUCAGUGUUGCAAAAAUGUGCGAAAAAUUUCUAUUUGCGUUUUUAUUUAUUAAGAAAUUUUUGCCAGUUAGGAAAACAACCUAUAUAUACUAGAAUCAACAGAACCAGAAUUGAUACAUUUAUCACACAAAUCUUUACACAGUUUGUACCACACUACAAAUAAAAUCACAAACAGAACUCUAUCGAUGUAUGUCA